UUUUUUUUGUUUUUUUUUUUUUAUUUUCUCCUGCUUUAAUGUGCUGGUCUAAAAAUUUAAUUUUAUUUCAAACUAUUCCUCCUAAAAUUUCUAGUAUAUCGAACGAAGACGAGUUGAAAGGUUCAAAAUACGUCCCUAAUCGAACAAAUGGAUGGAGCUUUUUGAAAUAAAAUUUGAAAAAGUUAAGAGCAAUAUGGCCGCAUGUUAAUGCAAAUUUUCUUUAAUGUUUGUCAACUAUUUGAACUGUGUUAACAUUUUUAGAAGAAGAAAUAUUACGUUUUAGAAGUAAAGAGCGAACAUAAAACAAGAAACAUUAGUUUGAGAUAAGGAAUAAAUUCCGAGUUUGUUUAUUAACCGUAUAGAAGAAUUGACAGUCGCAAAUAACUGGGGUCCUGUAUCUAGCAUUUGAAAUAAAUAUUUUAAAUUCUAAAACUUCGUAUUGCAGUGUGGUUGCUCAGGUUUGGAAUAUAAUGUUGCAUCAACAUUCGCUUCCUAUCCAAGCCAGCCAGCCACGCGAACCUAAUAGAUUGAGCCAUGGUUGCAGCAUUUCUGUGCCACCACAACAACAGCAACAGAAGCAGGACCAGCAACAACAGAAGAUACAAGUGCUUAGCAAACCAAUUGUUGCACGAAGUCAAGGUCUGCUGGUUUCUUCCAUAACAGUUUCUCCAGAAAUAACCACUACACCUCAGAAUACAGCUUCUAGGAACUCACCAGUGCUGUUGCCUGACAGUGUUAGUGGAGAUUCUAUUGGUGCAGUUAUCCAAGAGGGCCAACAAAAUGGUAAAGUCACAUCAUUGCAACCCCUGCCACAAUCACCACAUUCAAGUACAAAUUGUAACAGCAAUGAUAAUAACCUAAUCUCUGUGAACUUGGCAAACACAAAAGAGAAAACCCCAAUGUGUCUUGUCAAUGAACUUGCAAGGUUCAAUAAGAUACAGCAUCAGUACCGUCUGACCAAUGAACAAGGUCCUGCUCACAAGAAACGAUUUACUGUUACUCUUAAGUUGGGAGAAGAGGAAUAUUCUGCAGAGGGCGCAAGCAUUAAGAAAGCUCAGCAUUCAGCUGCUAGUGAAGCCUUAGAACAUACGAAGUACAAACACCCUCCCCCAAAAACUACUAGAAAUAUUCGUUUGGGAAAGAGUAAUAUCACACCUACUGUUGAGCUAAAUGCUCUUGCAAUGAAAAGAGGGGAACCUGCUGUUUAUACAUUUCUGGAUCCUACACCUGCUGUUGCUGCCCCACCAUACAUGGCCCCACCACCUCCGCCACCACCACCACCACCACCAUCACACAACUAUAACUAUCGCGGCAUGUACAACCAAAGAUACCAUAUAUAUAAGGCUUCUCCUGGACCAUUCCAUCACCCAAUAUUUUUGGUGUCCUUGCGUGUGGGUGCACGGGAAUUUUUUGGUGAAGGCCAGACUGGUCAGGCGGCAAGGCAUGAUGCAGCAGCAAGAGCUUUAAAUGCUUUAAAGUUAUUACCGUUACCUGAAGAACCUCAGCCUUUUGAAUCAGGAAGAAAAGAAAAUGGAAUUUCCUGCAUUGUGGAUUCUGAUCCUAAUUCUGAGUUGAAGUCUCCAAUAUCUUUGGUGCAUGAAAUUGCACUGAAGAGAAACUUGCCAGUAACUUUCGAGGUUAUCAGUGAGAAGGGACCACCUCACAUGAGAACAUUUAUAACCAAAUGUUCUGUUGGUGACAAGAUGACAACAGGCGAGGGUAAUGGGAAAAAGGUUUCAAAGAAACGUGCAGCAGAGAAAAUGUUAGAAGAUUUAAAGAAACUGCCUCCAAUUUCCCCUACCAAAUUUACAGCUACUAUGGCUCGACUUAAACGGAAAACGAAUCCUGGGAAGAAAAAGACUCGUAAUCUCAUCAAGGUAUAUCAGCAGGAACAAAAAGCAGAACCAGAUUAUGGCGAAUAUAUCAACCCCAUUUCUCGCUUAAUACAGAUUCAACAAGCCAAGAAGGAACGGGAACCAGUGUAUUCUUUGUUGGAAGAAAGAGGGGUGCCCCGUCGCAGGGAAUUUGUCAUGGAGGUGUCAAUUGGUCAGACAUCGUACACAGGUACUGGACCAAAUAAAAAACUAGCAAAACGUGCAGCAGCAGAGGGUCUACUACAACAGCUGGGUUACUCUCGGCCCACAAAUCAGCCUUGCAAGCCAUCAAUCAAAACUGUAGCAGAUGCUUCAACAGCUGAAGGAGAAAAAAAUAGGAAGGUAACCUUUUUGGAAGAAGAAAGGGCUACAGAAAUGCCACUUGGUGGUAGCAGCGGUCGCCAGCUUGUUCCAGGCCUCCUCCUCAUGUCUGAUAACAAUACCACUAGUGGAUUCAGUCAAAAUAUGCCUGCAAAAGUUUCUGGUAUCAACAUUCAGACCACAGCAACAAUAGCAAAAGAAUUCCUGAAGGGUGGAAGUUCACCCACAGCAGAAGCUCUUGCUAAAACUGUCCAUAACCGUACAAAUGUACCUGUAAAUAUUACAAAAACUCUUCCACUGUCAGCAAGCCCACAGAGUAACCAGGUGGUUCGUCCCAAAGAUCAGUUGUUGUAUCUUGCGCAACUGCUAAACUUCAACGUACAGUUCUCUGAUUUUCCAAAGGGUAACCAUUCUGAAUUCUUGAGCUUGGUGUCUUUGUCAACUGUUCCACCUCAAGUUUGUCAUGGUGCUGGAUCAACAACAGAUGCCUCUCAUGACCAGGCAGCCUUAACUGCUUUGCGUGCCUUGUCAGAGAUGGGUCUUGAUUCUCUCUCCACGGCUAGUACCAUGCUCAAGAAUGAAGUUGUGGGUUCAAGAGAUGGCACUCAUGUAUCACCUUCUGGAGCUAUGCAGAAACCUGGUAGUCUUAGUACUGGUAAAUAAUUUUGCUGUGUACUCAACAUGCGGCCAUUUUGUGUGUUUGUAACAGCUCAAUACAAAAUUCCUUUCUGUAA